GGAACUUCCCACUUUCCUGGGCCAGAAGUUUUGUGAAAACAUCAUGUGUGAAAAAUCAAUAAACAUUGUACCUUGCCCCUGAAUUUUGUGAGGGUGUCCUCAUUACCUGAGCUUUAACAGGCUUUAGAAGAGUUAUUGUCAUUUCGAUUUGCAGAUGAGUCAUUGGGUCUCUUGCCCCCAGAGGCACUUCAUUAUUAUGAUUCAGUGCAAAGGACUGAAAGGGCUGGCGCUUCCGGGAGUGAGUGGUGUCUGGAGGGGGUUUCGGUGGCUCCGCGUUGGCAUGGGGCUUAAUUGACACCUUUGAUGUAGCCUAAGACAGAACCCGCACCUCCCACUGCUGCUAGGAAGACGUCAGGCUUACGCAGAAAAGGCAUCUGCUGAUGAAUCCUGCAUCUCAGUCAGCCUGCUCUGGGAGCAGCCUUAGCCAUCCUGUACUAAUCCCACCGCCUCCCGUUUCCGCCGGUGCUCGGCUUAGGGCGCAGACGAGAUUUCGCUUCUUGCUACUGUCAGGUCAAACUCUAAGACUGUGUCCAUGUUAGAACUCAUAGAAGUUAAUGGAACCCCUGGUAGUCAGCUCUCUACUCCACGCUCGGGCAAGUCGCCAAGCCCGUCACCCACCAGCCCAGGAAGCCUGCGGAAGCAGAGGAGCUCUCAGCAUGGUGGCUCCUCCACUUCCCUUGCGUCCACCAAAGUCUGCAGCUCCAUGGAUGAAAAUGAUGGCCCUGGCGAAGAAGUGUCGGAGGAAGGCUUCCAGAUUCCAGCCACGAUAACAGAGCGAUAUAAAGUUGGAAGGACAAUAGGAGAUGGAAAUUUUGCUGUUGUCAAGGAAUGUGUAGAAAGGUCGACUGCUAGAGAGUAUGCUCUGAAAAUUAUCAAGAAAAGCAAAUGUCGAGGCAAAGAGCACAUGAUCCAGAAUGAGGUGUCUAUUUUAAGAAGAGUGAAGCACCCCAAUAUCGUUCUUCUGAUUGAGGAGAUGGAUGUACCAACUGAACUGUAUCUUGUCAUGGAACUGGUAAAGGGCGGAGACCUUUUUGAUGCCAUUACUUCCACCAACAAAUACACCGAGCGAGAUGCCAGUGGGAUGCUGUACAACCUGGCCAGUGCCAUCAAAUACCUCCACAGCCUGAACAUCGUCCACCGCGACAUCAAGCCCGAGAACCUGCUGGUGUAUGAGCACCAAGAUGGCAGCAAAUCACUGAAGCUGGGUGACUUUGGACUGGCCACCAUUGUAGAUGGCCCCCUGUACACAGUCUGUGGCACCCCGACAUACGUGGCUCCAGAAAUCAUUGCAGAGACUGGAUAUGGCCUCAAGGUGGACAUCUGGGCAGCUGGUGUCAUCACUUACAUCCUGCUGUGUGGUUUCCCUCCAUUUCGUGGAAGUGGGGAUGACCAGGAGGUGCUUUUUGAUCAGAUUUUGAUGGGGCAAGUGGACUUCCCUUCUCCGUACUGGGAUAAUGUUUCCGAUUCUGCAAAGGAGCUCAUCACCAUGAUGCUGUUGGUCGAUGUCGAUCAGCGAUUUUCAGCCGUACAGGUCCUGGAGCAUCCCUGGGUUAACGAUGAUGGCCUCCCAGAAAAUGAACAUCAGCUGUCAGUAGCUGGAAAGAUAAAGAAGCACUUCAACACAGGCCCCAAGCCGAAUAGCACAGCAGCUGGAGUUUCUGUCAUAGCACCGGACCACGGGUUUACCAUCAAGAGAUCAGGGUCUUUGGACUACUACCAACAACCAGGAAUGUAUUGGAUAAGGUAUGAGAUGGUGCAGCUCAACAGUCAGUGUUUCCAUGGCAACGUGCUGGCAGUCUCCAUUAACCAGUUCCUUCAGUGGAUAAACAUGCUUUUGAUUUGUUAUCCAGUCCAUAUGCUGCUUUAUCAGUUUCAUUUUAAUCUUGAUUGA